AUGCCUGUGCAAGCGGUUCUGCUGCCACUGGUGCACGGAGCCAGUUCUGUCCCACAGAUGCUGCAAGAUCUUACUUCUGACGGUUGCAAUACUUGGCGUAAAAGCACUGAAGCGGCACUAGCCAUCACUUACAGAAAUGAGUUUCCCGUCCCAGUUAACAGUUGUCAUCCUCCACAGAACUAUCCCUUGUACAUCCGAAGCGUUCCGACCGAAAAUGAGCUGAAGUUCCACUAUACUGUGCACACUUCCCUCGACGUUGUGGAUGAAAAGAUCUCUGCGAUGGGCAAGGCUCUUGUAGAUCAGAGGGAGCUGUACCUAGGGCUCCUCUACCCAACAGAAGACUACAAAGUAUACGGCUACGUGACAAAUUCCAAGGUGAAGUUUGUUAUGGUGGUGGAUUCUUCAAACACGGCACUUCGAGACAAUGAGAUCCGCAGUAUGUUCCGAAAGCUGCAUAAUUCAUAUACAGAUAUAAUGUGUAACCCUUUUUAUAACCCUGGGGACCGUAUCCAUUCCAGAGCUUUUGAUAACAUGGUGACCUCCAUGAUGAUGCAGGUGUGCUAAGACUCUGCCCAUUCUCUUUGAAGUGCGAGAACAUACCCUGGAGUAUGCCUGCAAAGUGAUGUAUAUAUUGUCUUCCUUCUGUGUAAUAUAUUAAAUUUAUUCCGUGUAAAAUAAACUUGACACUUGCAACGUC